GGCGCGGGGGGCGGGAAGGAGGGCGGACCCGGAACCCUCGAGCGGAGUUAUCGAUGCCAACGGGUCCUGGGAAGUCCUGCGCGAGGAAACGAGACAUGGCGGCGCUGUGCCUGUUCGACGUGGAUGGGACCCUGACCGCCCCGCGGCAGAAAAUUACAAAAGAAAUGGAUGACUUUCUACAGAAAUUGAGGCAGAAGGCCAGAAUUGGAGUGGUCGGCGGUUCAGACUUUGAGAAAGUGCAAGAGCAGCUGGGGAGCAACGUGGUUGAGAAGUAUGAUUAUGUGUUUCCAGAAAAUGGCCUGGUAGCCUACAAAGAUGGAAAAUUCUUGUGUAAACAGAAUAUUCAGGGUCAUCUGGGUGAGGCGCUGAUCCAAGACCUGAUCAACUACUGCCUGAGCUAUAUUGCGAAGAUCAAACUCCCUAGGAAAAGGGGCACCUUCAUCGAAUUCCGAAAUGGCAUGUUGAAUGUGUCCCCUAUUGGACGAAGCUGCAGCCAGGAAGAGCGAGUUGAGUUCUUUGAACUCGAUAAAAAAGAAAAUAUACGACAAAAAUUUGUAGCGGACCUACAGAAGGAGUUUGCAGGAAAAGGCCUCACCUUUUCCAUAGGUGGCCAGAUCAGCUUUGAUGUCUUUCCUGACGGCUGGGACAAGAGGUAUUGCCUGAGACAUGUGGAAUGUGAUGGUUACAAGACCAUUUAUUUCUUUGGAGACAAAACCAUGCCUGGGGGCAAUGACCACGAGAUCUUCACAGACCCCAGGACCGUCGGCUACACGGUGACGGCGCCCGAGGACACGCGGAGGAUCUGUGAGGAGCUCUUUCCUUAACAGCGAAGGGACGAGGUGGGGCCAGCGCCGAGGCCCCCCAUGCGUAUGUCCCGAUGGCCACAGGGACGGGAGUUCACCCAGCUGCACCCCAAGGGAGAGAAAGGACUUGUCAGAAACGGUUCUGGCGGCCCCAUGCCGAUCAUCCCUGUGCUCAGGAGGCCAAGGCAGGAAGAGCACCACAAAUUCAGUCAGCCUAGGCUACACAGUGGGUGCCCUAUCUCAGAGACCUCUCCCCCAGCCUCUGCUCGGAGAACUGUCUGAUAGGGUGUAGUUGGAUUUGCUUAGGUUAAGGCUGACUUCCCCGUUCUUGAAUGAAGCAGAAAAGAGCAUGUCAGAGCCCCUCUUCAUGGGUCCUGUGAGAAUGGUUUCUUUUUCUCUCUUUUGAGGUAGGGUUUUGCUCUAUCUCAGGCUGACCUGGAAUUCACUGGGUAGUCUCAGGUGGCCUCGAACUCACUGUGAUCCUCCUACCUCUGCCUCCCGAGUGCUGGGAUUAAAGGCGUGUGCCGCCACACCCAGCUCAGCCUUAAAUUCUUGAUCCUCCUGCCUCAGCCUCCUGAGUGCUAGGAUGGCAUUUCUUUACCAGCAGGCCCCGCUUAGUCUUGUGAAAAUGUGACGGCUACUAACGUUCAGACCCUUGGGUCACCUGAGAAAGGGCGGGCCAUCUGCAGUACCCACCAGGGAGAGCAGUUAAAGGGUACUUCCCGAUGCCGCCCAGGGUUGGCGGUGUGAGCAGUGCUAGUGUGCCGUGCUGGGCCGCAGGGCUGGAGACUUUUCCAACCGGCUUCCUGCUUGUCGGCCAGGCCUGCUGGGCAGACAGCUGGCCGAGUAACAGCUGACCCCACACGGUUUGCACCUUGCUGGCCUGCCUGGAAUUUGGGCCAGAUCUAUUCACUACACUGACUGCUUUCCUGUAACCAGAGAGGAGAGGAACCAAACACUGGGGGCAGCCCAGAGGAGCUCCUUGGACAAGCAUCACUGGAACCUGAUGGCCACAAGGAUAGGAGCUCCUCUGACCUCUCCGCCUCUUCUCUGGCCCGCUGGGAGAACGGUUCUUUCGUGCACCACUGUUUUGCAUCUGGAAAUGUGCUUGCCCGUCUGGUGCUGGGUAGGCGGCCUCUCUGGGAUCUGCCAGUGUAUCUGGGCCAGGAGCCUCUGCAACGCUGCUCCUGCCUCCAGCCACCAUGUGUCCCAUCCAGAGACAGCCCACCUUGCCCCUGGGCUAGCUGCCUAGGGCUACAAAACAGCCCCUCCACCUCCUCUGUCCCCCAUAAGAGACUGCCAGGACCCUCAUCCUGUGGCUUCUGUCCCUGCUGCAGUUGGCACGUGGUACUGUAAUGCCCUGGCUGGCACAUUAAAGGAACGGUUUUUUACA